AUGGGCAUUGAGGUGGCCCUUGAGGUUCUCCCCACGGGGCUGCCCGUUUCGGCAACCCUGGAGCCAGUGGCACCUUGGAGCCCGGGCGAGGUGCCGCAGCUCCCGAAGCUCCUAAGCUUCCGGCAGCUGCUGCGGGAGCAGUACCCCCGGGAGUUGAGGGGCGGUCCUCCAGCGCCCACGGAGGCAGUGGCCGAGUCCGCUGAGGCCAGCCGGCCCCUGAAGCGCAAGCUGGCGCAGCCUGCAGAGGAGGGCCCGAGCCUGUCUGGCAUCGGCCGGCGGGAUCUCCUUGGCGAGGCCAUCCGGAGCAUGGAAAAUCGUCUUGCGCGUCAAGGGCUUCUCGCGGCGCCCGAGUCGAUCCUGUCUUCGAAGCCCUCGAGGCAGCAGAAGGGCGGUGAGUUCUACGAUGUCAACGAUAAUUUCAUCGAUGACGAAGAGCUGGCCGCCGUGAACGCCUACCACACCGAGCAGCAGGAGAAGCAGAAGACAGGCCGGAAGACGCUUUCCGCGACGCGCGCGGAGCUCGAUUUAGCGAGGCCAGCGGCAACGACCACUGAGGAGGAGCAAGCCUUCCUCGCGGGCUUCCGACUCACGGGUGCCGAGGUGUCUGGUACGUCCGAGGAAUCAGACUGGUCGAGCGACAACGAUCAGGUGAUGUACGCGGGCCAGCGCGGCCACGCUUGGCGCCGGGACUCCCGCUCCUGGCCACAGCAGCUCUCCGAGCUGAAGGAGGAGCUCAUGCCUGUGGAUGCUAAGCCGUCCCUCGCGUCGCCCAAAGAAGGUGACACUGGGGAGUUGCCACUCACAGAGGAGGAGUGUCUGAGCAGAAUCAAGGCCGUGCUCACGGAAUUCUGCGAGGCGGUGGACGCCGGAGACCGUGCCAGCGGCCGCCUUGAGCUCUGCGCGCCGGAGAAGCUGGAGGGCGCGCUGGCAGAGGUCUGCCGGAGGCUGCCGCCGCUUCUCCGAAUGCCUCUCAAAGCUGAAGAGCAGGUCCAGGUGGGGUUUGCCGCGGCGGACGGAGCAGCUUUCAAUCGAAGGUUCAAGCGCUUCGCGCUGAAAAACCUCGAGCCGAAGUUGCCGCAGCUGCGAAAAACUUGGGAAAUGACUGCCGGCGAGGACCAGGUGGACCCGUUCGCAUGGUCUUCGGCGGAAGAGUAUGCAUGGUGCUGUUACUGCUGGAGGCUCCUGGCUUCCAUGUCUCCCAGGCUACGAAGAUCGCACUUCACGAGGCGAUGGUUGAGUGCCGCGCGCCAGCCUCAACAGGAGGCUGUGGAGCUGGUUCAAAACGAGCUGGCGGUGCGAGUGCGGAAAGCCAUCAGCGCGCACGAAAGCGCGAGCACGGAGAAGUCGAAAGACCCCUCAGUCUGGACGUCUUCGGCGCUGAGAAAGGGUGCGUUGACGUGGCCCGCGAUGGCGCUGCAAACCCUCUGGCUGCGAAAUUCCUUGUGGCGGGACACUGCAACAGGGUUUUAA